CAGAGUUCCAGAACCAGAACUUGGAAAACUUGGACCCAACAUAAUCCCCCCCAACAUUAAUUUAGUCUAAACCUAAAUGGUGGUUGAGCUAUCUGCCCAUCCUUCUCCUUCUAUGAACUACUCACAAUUAAUUCAACAUCAUCAUUCCAGCUUUCUUGCAGCACUUUACUAUUAAUUCCCAUUCCCAUGCCCCCUCCUUCCCCAUUCUUCAUCUUCACAACUUCAUACCCCUCUCAUCCUCUCUGGCCGUGCUCGUUUUUGCUUCUUUUGUUCACGCACACACGUAAACGACUGUUGCUAGCAUAACUCAUCGACUUAUUAUAAACGGUGCUUAUAAGUUGGUGCUUUAUAGAACACACAGAGAGUGAUUGUUUGAGAGAGACAAUCAAAUUCAGUUCAUCAAUGGAUGUUGCUCAUGCUAGUAGUAAUAGUAGUAUAGACAUGGACAAUGAGAGAUUGACGGCGGAGAUGGCUUUCAAGGACUCGUCCUCCGCCGUCAUCAAAAUCCGCCAACGCUUGCCGGACUUCCUGCAGUCCGUCAAGCUCAAGUACGUCAAGCUCGGCUACGGUUACUCUUGUAACGCAGCCACCAUUCUCUUGUUCCUCUUCAUCCUACCUCUCUUCGUGUCCGUAGUGAUACAGCUCACCGGUCUGGAGUUGAACCGUAUCACCGAGCUCUGGACCAACCAGGCCGUCCGCCUCGAGAGCAUCGACGCCGCCACCCGCCUCGCCGGUUCCGGCGUCCUCCUCUUCUUCCUCGGCCUCUACUGGGCCAAGCGGUCCAGACCGGUCUACCUCGUCGACUUCUCGUGCUACAAACCGGACGACCAACACAAGCUGUCGGUCGACUCGUUUCUAAAAAUGACCGAAGAAAGCGGCGCAUUUGCUCAGGACACUUUUCAAUUCCAGACCCGGAUUGCGAACCGGUCCGGUCUAGGCGACGAGACGUACUUGCCGCCCGGAAUUACAUCCAAACCGCCUCAGCUGUCCAUGGAGCAAGCCCGGUUCGAGGCCGAGACGGUUAUGUUCGGCGCGCUCAACUCGCUUUUCGAAAAAACCGGAGUGAAACCGAGCGAAAUCGACAUCCUCAUCGUAAAUUGCAGCCUGUUCAACCCGACGCCGUCGCUGUCCGCCAUGAUCGUCAACCACUACAAGCUCAAAACCGACAUUAAAAGCUACAACCUGGGUGGCAUGGGCUGCAGCGCCGGUCUGAUCUCCAUCGACCUCGCCAAGGACCUCCUCAAAGCAAACCCCAGUUCCUACGCCGUCGUAGUGAGCACCGAGAACAUCACCUUGAACUGGUACUUCGGAAACGACAAGUCGAUGCUGCUCUGCAACUGUAUUUUCCGAAUGGGCGGCGCAGCGGUUCUACUGUCGAACAAAAGCCGGGACCGAACCCGGUCCAAGUACGAACUCGUCCACACCGUCCGGACCCACAAGGGCGCGGACGACAGGAAUUACAAUUGCGUUUACCAGCGGGAGGACGACAAGGGAACAAUCGGCGUGUCUCUCGCGCGCGAGCUGAUGGCGGUUGCCGGCGAUUCGUUGAAAACGAACAUCACGACGCUGGGCCCACUGGUGCUGCCGUUUUCCGAGCAGGUGCUCUUCUUCAUCACGCUGAUCCGGAAGAAGGUGUUCAAGGCAAAGGUGAAGCCGUACAUACCGGAUUUCAAGCUCGCGUUCGAUCAUUUCUGCAUUCACGCCGGAGGGCGGGCCGUGCUGGACGAGUUGGAGAAGAACCUGCAACUCACUGAGUGGCACAUGGAGCCUUCUAGAAUGACUCUGCACCGUUUCGGCAACACGUCGAGUAGCUCGUUGUGGUACGAGCUGGCGUACGCUGAGGCCAAGGGCCGGGUCGGGCGGGGUGACCGAGUCUGGCAGAUCGCAUUCGGUUCGGGUUUCAAGUGUAACAGCGCGGUUUGGCGGGCGCUCCGGCCUAUUUCGGUCGGGGACGGGUUGGGUAACCCGUGGAUGGACUCGAUUGAUAGGUACCCGGUUAAAGUUUCAAUCCGUUAGGAUUUGUCUUUGGUGGCGCCAUGCCAACGGAUCAGGAUGCCCCAGUUCCUCUCAUGUGGAAUUACAUGUGGCUGGGUUUAUUUUAUUUUAUUUUUAGAUUUUCGUUUGUAUUUUGUAAUAUUUUACUGAAUUUCUUACGAUGGCACAUUAUAAAGUGAAUUAUUUAAAAGUAAUUGGAAAUUAAGGUCUUCGCAAACA